AUGGCUAACAAAAAUUUGUGUAUAUUCAUCCUCAUAGCAACAAUAGUGACUCAAGCUACAUGGGUUCGAGCUGUGGAAUAUACGGUUGGUGAAUGUAAAGGUUGGAACGAGGGUGUUGAUUUCCAAGCUUGGGCCGACGGGAAGCAAUACGUUCAAGGAGACAGACUUGUUUUCAAUUACGAAUACGGAAAACACAAUGUAGUGUUACUACCAGAUCAAGCCUCAUUGGAUAACUGUAAUCUUGAGAAACCACUUAUAUCACUCGCUCAUUGUGGAAGGAAUGUUGUCAACCUACGUACCCCGGGAAGGGUUUUUGUAUCCAGUGCCGUCGGAGAGGAUUGUAAGAAAGGCCUGAAGUUUUGGGUCGAUGUCAAGCCAUGUCCUGCAGUACUGCAAGGAGCACACUACAUAACUUAA